UCCCUGACCGUGUAGGAGGAUGGACCCUGUAGUGUUGAGCUAUCAGGACAGCCUGCUGCGGCGCUCUGAUGUGUCCUUACUGGAAGGACCUUACUGGCUCAAUGACCAAGUUAUUGGUUUUGCCUUCGAGUACUUUGCUGCUGAGCGCUUCAGAGUCCUGGGAGGGACAAUCAUCUUCAUCAGCCCGGAGGUCACCCAGUUCAUCAAGUGUGCUUCUUGCCCUGAUGAGUUAGCCCUAUUUCUGGAGCCGCUGGAUCUUGCCUCUCGUCGCUGGGUCUUCCUAGCUGUUAAUGACAACUCCAAUCAGACCGCUGGGGGAUCCCAUUGGAGCCUUUUGGUCUACCAUCACAACUCCAACCACUUUGCUCACUAUGACUCUCAAAACGGCAGCAAUUCACUGCACGCACGGCGCAUCGCCAGCAAGUUAGAGCCUUUCUUAGGUGCUGGGAGAAAGGCGCUGUUUGUGGAGGAGCCCUGCCCUUCACAGCAGAACAGCUAUGACUGUGGCAUGUACGUUAUCUGUAUCGCUGAGGCCUUGUGUGAGAAGGCCAGGGUGGAGGGUUCACCGCGCCUCCCUGUGCAAAUCAUCACUCCAGCCUACAUCACCCAGAAGCGGGCUGAAUGGUGCAGACUGAUCCAGAGUCUAGCUCAGAAUGAUCUCUGCUGCUCUCUGUCUUUUCCUUAGCACGUUGAUUGCCCCUCAGUAUAUGCAGAACAGCUGUCAGCCCCCACAUAUCUACUGCUGGAGCAUUGGAAUGCACUCCUUCAAUACAGUAUUUAACUAUAUAUGAAGUAUAUUUCUAUUACAGUCUCUAUCAUACUCCACAAGAGAAAUACAUUUAAAAAAUAAAGCAAUGUUACGAAUCUUUAAUGAUUCAUUGAACAGUUGGUGUCAUGUUUAUCCCUUGUAUAUGCACAGCAACAUACAGUAUGUAAACAAGAACACCAGCAUGCCUAUGAAAGGAAUCCCCCACCCACCCACCCCUUGUAGAUAUUGGAGGAUGAAGAAUAUGUCAUGUGGAAGAGGAGACACACACUUUCCUUUUCCUCCAUUUGAUUAGUUUGGAGCGAAUGUAGAAAUGUUUACACAGAUUAUUGCUCAGGGUCAUUUUAAAUGAACUAGAAUUGACAAUAAGAAUGUGCAUCUUAACUUUGGCUCCUAUUUUAUGUCACGUGUUCUGGUCACUUUUUUUUUUUUUUUCUAGUAUGAACAGGUGUGAUGUCUGCAACUACAAACUUUAAGUUUUGAAACAGUUCAAAGAAAAGUGCUGCAUGAGAGUAGGAUGUGCACCGAGUGUUGCGAGUGGUGGAAUGUAUGUUCUCACAUAAAGCAAAUGUCAAACUCAUCGUCUGUUGACUUAAUAAAUUUUACU